AUGACGGCAACUACCUCAAACAGAGAAAAUAGCAGCCACAGCCACAGCCACAGCCAUAGUUACAGCCUUGCCAGUAGACAGGAGAGUCUCAACCGCAACACCUUGAACCAGCGGGCAUCACGGGCGCGGCGGAAGGACUACGUCGCGUCACUGGAGCUUAAGGUGCGCGAGUACGAAGCGAGGGGUGUGCAGGCAACGGAGCAGGUUCAGAAUGCGGCGCGCCAUGUCGCGGAGGAGAACCGGGUGCUCAAGGAGGAGAUGAGGAUGUUGAGGGAGCAGGUCAGAUGUUUGGAGGAGGUUUUGAGCCGGAGAGAGAUUCGUCCUUCAGGGAAUGGUGAGGGUGAUGAGAGGGACAAUGGGCUUGGGGACAGAGAUGCCGCAUUGGAUGCUGCCUGGAGAAGACUUCAACAUGAGGAUCGCUUACGCGGUUGGGGACAGCAGCAACAGCGGCAGCAGGACCAACAACACCAGUACCGGGAUCAUGAGUGGCAGGACCAGAGCUCGGACUCGACGUUACUAGCUGUCGAUACCGAAAUACCAGCUGAUGUCGUGGAGAGUCAAUAUCCCUCACCACCAGGGGAGAGCAGGGAAGGGAAGGGCUCGCCGCACCGGCACCUACACAGACCUACAAAGGCUGUGCAUUCUGUCAAAUCACCCGACGAACCUGAAUUCACUCACGCGAGUAUAGCAUCUUUUGAUACUUACCAUGACAUCGACACAGACGAUGAUGCGCUACAAAGUACCCUCGACGAUGAUAUCUCCCAUCUGACCUACCACCCCUUCUCUAACGAAUGGGUCCAAGGACAAGGACAAGGACAAGGACGAAGGCAAGGUGAAUUAUUCUCACAACCAAGCAGACCCCCACUCAGAACGCUGCCCGCCAACACGACACCAUGCGAGGAGGCGGCGUUAAUCAUCGCGAGCAUGCGCGGCAUCGCGACGUCCAACGCCGACCCUACAGCCGACAUUCUCCCUGAGUUGGGCUGCCACAAUGCGGACACUUCCCGCUCUUGCACCGUGGACAACGCGCGGCUGUUUGGGAUCAUGGACGCUGAUCGCGGGUGA